UCCUUGCCUAAGUUGUGAAAUCAAGUAAUUUGUCUUUGGCUAUGGAAGGAGGUGGAGGUGGGACAUUGUCGGAGUUAUACCAGAGCUCGAAGAGGUUGCUAUUGAGAACUAGGGACAGCCUCGAGAGGCUCGAGCGCCUCGAGUUCUCCUCCUCAUCCAAUGGUGCCGCCGUGGACUCCCCGGAGCUCUCUUUCGCAAUCAAGCGUGACAUCUCUCAGAUCCAAUCCCUCUGCACCGAGAUGGACCGCCUCUGGCGUUCUGUCUCUGCCAAAUCCCAGCGCGAUCUCUGGAAAAGGAAAGUUGAACAAGUUGCUGAAGAGGCUGACUCAUUGAAAGAAAGUUUGGAUAAGUACUUCUUACGGAAUCAGAGACGGACACAAGAAGCUAGAGAGAGGGCUGAACUGCUUGAAAGAGCUAAUGGGGAAUCAUCUCAUGUAUUGAGAAUUUUUGAUGAUGAAGCGCAAGCAAUGCAAUCUGCCCGUUCCUCAGCCAGAAUGCUGGAAGAGUCUUAUGCAACUGGAGUGGCCAUUCUUUCCCAAUAUGCUGGCCAAAGGGAGCGUUUGAAGGGAGCACAACGAAAGGCACUGGAUGUACUCAACACAAUCGGAUUAUCAAAUUCUGUGUUAAGGGUGAUUGAGAGGCGUCUUCGGGUUGAUACAUGGAUUAAAUACGUCGGCAUGGCUUUGACAAUCAUCAUCAUGAUUGCCUUGUGGAGGUGGAAACAACAGUAGUAGUCCUUGUGAUUCAUGUCUGUUCUUUUUGAAAGGUUAAUGAGGCUGUGAGAUGCAUUUUAAUUGACAGGGAUACCAUACAUAGCACAUCAUCCACUAUGGGUGGUGGUGGAUCUUAUGAUGACACAUUCAUAGACAACAACGGCUUGCAUGGGGAGUUGAUCCAUAAGAUAAUUAAUUGAGAGAUAUAAUAAUCAACUUUGUGAAAUCAAAAGUGGUGUAUACAGAAGCAAUAGUUUCAUACAUGUUCAUUUUCAUUUUCAUUUACAUUUACAAUGCUAAUGGUAUUAUUAUUGUUUUUGUAAUUUUGAGUUACAGUAAAAGAAUUAUAAAAAUGCAUAUAUCAUUGUGUAAAAUUGUAAAUGGGCCGGGCUGAGUUGAGUUUUGCGAUACUCAUGCUUGGCUCAUUUGUUUAUCGAGUUUGAAAAUUCUGCUCGUGUGUAGUUCGAAAGCUCA